CGGCGGCGGCGCGUGCUCCGUGGGUCGGUGCGGCGGCCGCGGCCGGCCGGCGGGCGAAGAGGCGCGCGGGGCGGGAGGGCGGCGGCGAUGGCGGCGCCGGAGCGGGGUGGUGUCGGCGGCCCGAGUCGGUGACUGCGCUCCCGGAGCGCCGGGCAGGAGCUGAUGGUUAGGAAUGUGUCUCAGCGACACUAUGCCUCCUGCCAUGGCAGACAGCCUUGACAUCUGGGCAGUGGGCUCACAGACGGCAUCUGAUGGCUCCAUCCCUGUGGACUUCCUUCUGCCCACUGGGAUUUACAUCCAGCUGGAGGUGCCGCGGGAAGCUCCCAUUUCUUACAUUAAGCAGUUGCUAUGGAAGCACGCUCACAGUUACCCGAUGUUUAACCUGCUCCUGGAGGUUGACUCCUACAUGUUUGCUUGUGUGAAUCAGACGGCCGUGUACGAAGAGCUUGAGGACGAGACACGGAGACUCUGUGACGUGAGGCCUUUCCUUCCAGUUCUCAAGCUGGUGACAAGGAGCUGUGACCCAGGCGAAAAAUUAGACUCGAAAAUUGGCGUCCUCAUAGGAAAAGGUUUGCAUGAAUUUGAUGCCUUGAAGGAUCCUGAAGUGAAUGAAUUUCGAAGUAAGAUGCGCAGAUUCAGUGAGGAGAAGACCCAGUCGCUGGUGGGCUUGUCCUGGAUGGAGUGGCUGCGGCAGACCUACCCGCCGGAGCUCGACCCGGCCACGCUCGACGACCUGGAGGAGAAGCUCUACGGGGGAAGGCUCAUCGUGGCAGUGCACUUUGAAGACUCGCAGGAUGUAUUUAGCUUUCAAGUGUCCCCUAAUAUGAACCCUGUCAAAGUCAGUGAGCUGGCGAUCCAGAAGCGUUGGACUGUGCGUGGGAAGGAGGAGGAGGUUAGCCCCCAGGACUAUGUGCUGCAAGUCAGCGGCAGAGUGGAAUAUGUGUUUGGUGACCACCCGCUUAUCCAGUUCCAGUAUGUCCGGAACUGUGUGAUGAACAGGACUUUGCCCCAUUUUAUGCUUGUGGAAUGCUGCAAGAUCAAGAAAAUGUAUGAGCAGGAAGUCAUUGCCAUAGAAGCUGCCAUAAGUCGAAAUUCAUCCAAUCUGCCUCUCCCCUUACCGCCAAAGAAAACACGAGUUGUUUCUCAUGUUUGGGAGAAUAGCAGUCCAUUCCAAGUUGUGUUGAUUAAAGGCAGUAAGCUUAACAUGGAAGAAACUGUGAAAAUUCAUGUCAGAGCUGGUCUGUUUCAUGGUACUGAGCUCCUGUGUAAAACCAUCGUCAGCUCAGAGAUUUCAGGGAAAAAUGAUCACAUUUGGAAUGAACCAUUGGAAUUUGAUAUUAAUACUUGUGAUUUGCCAAGAAUGGCUCGAUUGUGUUUUGCUGUUUAUGCAGUUUCAGAUAAAGCGAAAACAAAGAAAUCAACUAAAACUAUGAAUCCCCCUAAGUAUCAGACUAUCAGGAAAGCUGGAAAAGUGCAUUACCCUGUGGCCUGGGUAAAUACUAUGGUUUUUGACUUUAAAGGACAAUUGAGAUCUGGAGAGACAAUAUUGCACAGCUGGUCUUCAUUUCCUGAUGAACUUGAAGAAAUGUUGAAUCCAAUGGGAACUGUUCAGACAAAUCCAUACACUGAAAAUGCAACAGCUUUGCAUAUUAAAUUUCCUGAGAAUAAAAAACAGCCUUACUAUUACCCUCCUUUUGAUAAGAUUAUUGAGAAGGCAGCUGAGAUUGCAAGCAGUGAUAGUGCUAACGUAUCCAGUCGAGGUGGGAAAAAGUUUCUUGCAGUACUGAAAGAAAUUUUGGACAGAGACCCUUUGUCCCAGCUGUGUGAGAAUGAAAUGGAUCUCAUCUGGACUCUGCGACAAGACUGCAGAGAGAAUUUCCCACAGUCCCUGCCAAAAUUACUCCUGUCAAUCAAGUGGAAUAAACUUGAAGACGUUGCUCAGCUUCAAGCACUGCUUCAGAUUUGGCCUAAACUGCCCCCUCGGGAGGCGCUGGAGCUCCUGGACUUCAACUACCCAGACCAGUACGUGCGGGAAUACGCCGUGGGCUGCCUGCGACAGAUGAGUGACGAAGAGCUCUCUCAGUAUCUUUUACAACUGGUGCAAGUUUUAAAAUAUGAGCCGUUUCUCGACUGUGCGCUGUCUAGAUUCCUUUUAGAACGAGCACUUGCUAAUCGGCGGAUCGGUCAGUUUCUCUUCUGGCACCUUAGGUCCGAGGUGCACAUCCCUGCUGUCGCCGUACAGUUUGGGGUCAUCCUGGAAGCCUACUGCCGGGGCAGCGUCGGCCACAUGAAGGUGCUUUCCAAGCAGGUUGAAGCACUCAAUAAGUUAAAGACCUUAAAUAGUUUAAUAAAGCUGAACGCAGUGAAGCUCAGCAGAUGGAAGGGGAAGGAGGCCAUGCACGCGUGCUUAAAGCAGAGCGCUUACCGCGACGCCCUGUCCGGCCUGCAGUCCCCCCUGAACCCCUGCGUCAUCCUCUCGGAACUCCAUGUUGAAAAGUGCAAGUACAUGGAUUCUAAAAUGAAGCCUUUGUGGCUAGUGUACAACAACAAGGUGUUUGGGGAGGAUUCCGUUGGAGUGAUCUUUAAAAAUGGUGAUGAUUUACGACAGGAUAUGUUAACACUUCAGAUGCUACGCUUGAUGGAUUUACUGUGGAAAGAAGCUGGUCUGGAUCUUCGGAUGCUGCCUUACGGCUGCUUAGCAACCGGAGACCGCUCUGGCCUCAUUGAAGUGGUGAGCACCUCUGAGACCAUCGCUGACAUUCAGCUGAACAGCAGCAACGUGGCUGCCACAGCAGCCUUCAACAAGGACGCCCUGCUGAACUGGCUGAAGGAGUACAAUUCCGGGGAUGACCUGGACCGAGCCAUUGAGGAGUUCACCCUGUCCUGUGCUGGCUACUGUGUAGCUUCUUACGUCCUCGGAAUUGGUGACAGACACAGUGACAACAUCAUGGUCAAAAAAACUGGCCAGCUCUUCCACAUUGACUUUGGACAUAUUCUUGGAAAUUUCAAGUCUAAAUUUGGCAUUAAGAGGGAGCGAGUGCCUUUUAUACUUACUUAUGAUUUUAUUCAUGUCAUUCAACAAGGAAAAACAGGAAACACAGAGAAGUUUGGCCGGUUCCGGCAGUGCUGUGAGGACGCCUAUCUCAUCCUGCGGCGGCACGGGAACCUCUUCAUCACGCUCUUUGCGCUCAUGCUGACGGCGGGGCUUCCUGAGCUCACCUCGGUCAAGGACAUCCAGUAUCUGAAGGACUCUCUUGCCUUAGGAAAGAGUGAAGAGGAAGCACUCAAACAAUUUAAGCAGAAAUUUGAUGAGGCGCUCAGGGAAAGCUGGACCACUAAAGUGAACUGGAUGGCCCACACGGUCCGCAAAGACUACAGGUCCUAAUGCGCAGCCUGGGGUUGUUUC